CGAAGAGUGCAGAUGGAUCAAUACGGUCGACAGAAGUUUUAACUAUCUGGAGUGCGGAUAAAUUUUUACUGAGAGUCGUAUAGGAAUCUAUAAUCUAGUACUUUCCAAAAUACGCCGAGAGUAUUCCUGAUGGUGAAACGAGCGUUGCUUCAUCGAACGCAGCUAAAGAAAACAACAUCUAUGUAGUUGGUGGUACGAUGCCUGAAAUAGGGGGCGAUAAAUUGUACAAUACCUGUACUAUUUGGGGUCCCGAUGGAACUUUGAUAGCAAAACACCGAAAGGUACAUCUAUUCGACAUCGACAUUCCUAAUAAGAUUACUUUUCGAGAGAGUGAUUCACUCAGUCCUGGUAACUCCCUAACGACGUUCGAUGUGAAGGGCUGCAAAAUAGGUAUUGGCAUUUGCUAUGAUAUUAGAUUCGAGGAAAUGGCACGCAUUUAUCGGAACAAAGGUUGCCAAAUGCUGAUAUAUCCAGCGGCAUUCAAUAUGACCACUGGACCACUGCACUGGUCAUUACUUCAGCGUUUCAGAGCGAAUGAUAAUCAAUUAUACGUUGCCUGCAUAUCACCGGCUCGUGUUCCUUAAGCAAGUUACGUCGCAUGGGGACAUACACAGUUGACCAAUCCCUGGGGAAAGAUUCUUUACGAUUUGGAAACUCAAGAGAAUAUGGCAGUCACCGAUAUCGGUAAUUUACAGCUUAAAAUUAAAAGCGAGAGAUCCAUGAUGUAAUUAAUUUUUAGUCUCGUUAAUUUAUCGAUUUAGCCAUCUUCCUCUGUAUUUGUUGAAUUUAUUAGUAAGCAUUACUUAUUACUUCGUAUGUUUCUUUUUUCUAUCAGAUCUAAAA